GAGAUGUCAUCUUUAAUAUCAAAAUCACCAUGAAGUAAAUUCAAAAUUUUCAUUAGUAGAUCCAAAUGAAAUAAUUUCUCUCUACUUUUGGACAUACUUGCCAGGAAUAGGUAUUUCUUUUAGACAGUAAAACAAAAUAAUGCCUACUUGAAAAUAAAAUUAUUAUUAAUUAUAAAAAUUUCCAUAAAGUGUUUCCACAGGAUUCAGUGUUUAUCUACAAAAAAUAUAUUCUCUUGUUAUAUGAAUGAAUUAUGAGUUUACAACUUGUACAAAACUAUAAAGAAAACUUUCAAAGACUUUAAAAUUUUAAUUUAGCAAUAUAAAUAAAUUUUAUAUAUUACAGGUAUGUAGGCAUACAGUGAUGAGUGAACAAGCAGCUGAAGCACAUAUGUCAUGUGAAGUUAUAGCUAGACCUUGUUGUAUAGGUAUAUAUGGGCAGUGCCAUAUUACUACAAAAGAAUACUGUGAUUUUGUGCAAGGUUUCUUUCAUGAAGAAGCAGCUCUUUGUUCACAAGUAUCAUGUCUUGAUGACGUUUGUGGUAUGAUCCCUUUUUAUAAUCCAGAGGUGCCUGAUCAAUUUUACAGACUCUGGACUUCACUUUUCCUACAUGCAGGAAUAAUACACCUGCUAGUAACUGUGAUAGUUCAAUAUUUAAUUAUGAGAGAUGUAGAGAAACUUAUAGGACCAUUACGAAUGGCUAUCAUCUACAUCAUGUCGGGUGUGGCGGGAAAUCUGGCAAGUGCCAUCUUUGUGCCAUACAGAGCAGAGGUAGGACCAGCAGGCUCUCAGUUUGGUUUACUGGCCUGUUUAUUUGUUGAAGUGAUACACUGCUGGCAGAUGCUAAAGAGGCCAGGGGCGGCCCUCUUGCAGCUGGGUGGUGUGACUAUGGUGUUGUUUUUAAUUGGACUACUCCCGUGGGUCGAUAAUUAUGCUCACCUUUUCGGCUUUAUUUUUGGGUUUCUUAUGUCUUACGCUUUAUUACCGUUCGUGUCGUUCGGGACUUACGACAGGACGACAAAAAUAAUUCUCAUAUGGGUAUGUUUGAUCGUCGUUACAGCCCUUUUUGUAGGAUUAAUAGUUUUAUUUUAUGUACAUCCGAUAUAUGAAUGUUCAUUUUGUAAAUAUUUUAAUUGUAUACCUCUGACCAGAGAUUUCUGUGAAAAUCAAGAUAUCAAUUUUACACGGCAGGAGUAUUAAAAUUUUGUAUAUAAAAAUAUAUAUAUAUAUUAUUACAUAUAAACACCAUACAGUGCAAGGCACUGAGGUGCAGUUCUUCCUUUGGGACAAUGUUCUGAGCUAAAAGCUGAUGAACCGAUUUUACAUGAAACCUUCAAUGCACAACCAGAAAAUGCAAAUUGUUUUGUACAAUCAUUUUUCAAAUGCUAUGGUGUUUUUGUGAUUUUGAAUUGUAAAUGCGGAAACAUCCUCCUGAAGGAGAUGAGAUUUUUUUACUACUGUGAUUGAUGUUAAAAGAAAUUAUUCAAAGACAUUUUGUCACUUUAUACUUAAUUUUGAGGAGUGACAAUUGUAAUAUUUUAAUAAAAA